AACGUUGAACCACCGAGUAAUCUGAGCCUUUCUCUGUCGACGGACGGACGAAAGAAGAUGGCUCUCGCUUUCUCCCACCCAUUCAGCCGCUGGCCAUCGCUGCCGCCGCUACAGAGCUCGGCACCAUCGGUUCAGCUUCGCGGACGGCUCGAAACGCGGACCGGUGCUGCUGCCGCAAGGCCCUUCGCCGUCCGAUGUUGCUCUUCGCCGGGUUCCGGCAAGAACGACCUUCGGACGUGCAGGAAUUGCAAGACCCAGUUCGACCCUUCCCUCAACCACCCUCGUGCCUGUCGCUUUCACACUGCCCACUUCGGAGGGGAAACAAAGAGGAAGUUUGAGAGUGUGUACAGUGGAGGCACCAUGGAUACUCCAAACUCAGGCAAAAUUUCUCAAUAUUGGCACUGCUGUGGGUCUGAAGAUCCCUUCGACCCUGGGUGCACCGCUGCUCCUCAUGCCUCAUAUGAUGACUAGUACAGCUCUUUCAUAUCUUUUGUUCAAUUGAUUCUCCUUGGAUAUGCACGUAAAGCCAAAUCCCCUUUUUAGUUAGUUGGGAUUGAAUGUACAUUUUGAUGGUAAAAUCAUUUGCGUGUCUUACUUUAGCUGUAACUCUAAUACUGAUCGAUGUCAAAACAAUUAGUUCUUCGGUUCUCUUGGGACCACUCACUCAAUCAUUCAUCCUUGAGGAA